AUGAAUAAGAGAUAUAAGCAGAAGGAAAUAAAGAAGUGUUUACAGAAUAAUAAAGUUACUUUGGCUGGCUUAAUUGAAACUAGAGUUAAAGAGAACAAUACUAGGACAACAAUUAAUAACAUAGCUGCAGGAUGGAACUGUUUGAACAACUACAAAGAUGCAGUAAAUGGGAGAAUAUGGAUUAUAUGGGAUGAUAGCUGGUAUGAGGUUAAGCUGAUUACAAGUGCAACUCAGAUGAUACAUUGUUAUAUACAAGAAAGAAGCAAAGGAUUCCAAUUUCAUCUCACAGUUGUGUAUGGAUUUAAUACCAUUGAGCAAAGAAAGAGUUUGUGGAGUGAUAUGAUCCAGAUAGGACAAAAUGUUAACCACCCUUGGAUUAUUGUAGGAGAUUUUAAUGCUAUGUUGUCUCCCAAAGAUAGGUUAGCUGGAGUUCCUGUCAAUGAGAAUGAGAUAAAAGAUUUCUCAAAUUGUGUCAAGGUCAUGGGUCUUAAUGAGGUGCAAUGGAAAGGUAAUUACUAUACAUGGAACAACAAGCAGAGUGGUAAUAAAAGGAUCUCAAGAAGGAUUGAUAGAGCUUUUGGGAAUGAGGAUUGGAUGGAUAAAUGGGGGCAUGUCAUACUAGAAUAUGGCAAUCCAGGGGUCUCAGAUCAUAGUCCAAUGCAUUUGAUACUUCAUCAAACUUACCAGCAAGAGAAAGGAAAGGACUCAAUGAAGAUGGUGUGGAACAAACUGAAGGCCCUUCAACAUGUCCUAAAGCAGUUGAAUAAUAGAGAAUUCAAAUACAUUAACAAACAGAUUGAAGAAGCUAGAAAUGAGCUUGCAGAAGUGCAGAAUCAACUCAGUAAUCAAGCUAAAGAUGAUUUGAUAGGUAAAGAAAAGGAAAUCCUUACAAAGCUUGAAAAAUGGUCUAUGUUAGAAGAAAAUGCACUCAGGCAAAAAGCAAGAGCAAUGUGGAUUAAGUUGGGAGAUGCAAACAAUAAAUAUUUUAGCUAA